UUUACUGACACUGAAAGGACUAACAGUCAUACUAUUACAGCCUUUUCCUUUGCUCUCCAAAACACUGCAAAUCUUUUUCCUGGAUUUGGAUUUCUCAAACAGGCAACAUGUGUAAGGGUUUAUCAACACUUCCUGCAACCUGCUUGAAAAGUGCCAAAGACAUCAAGCACAAGAUUGGCUUUCUGCUCCACAUGCCUGAGUUUCCAUCAGACUACGAACAGGUGAAAGAGAAGACCACCGCUGUUAAGAGAGUUUCAUCUGCUGAUGUGAAUAAUUGGAAGCUGUCUUUCAACAAUCUGAUGAAUAGUGAAGCUGGCCGUUCAGUGUUCGCCACUUUCCUGAAGUCCGAGUUCAGCCAGGAGAACAUGGAGUUCUGGAACGCUUGCGAGGGAUAUAAAGUUUCGGCUCCAAAUAAGAUGGCAGCUAAAGCCAAAGAGAUCUAUGCCGAAUAUGUCAAAGCAGACUCGCCUAAUGAGGUAAACCUGGACUCAGCCACGCGAGAGGAGACCAGAAAAAACGUGUUGAAUGCAGGCCCAUCCUGUUUUGAUAACGCCCAGCAGAAAAUCUUCACUCUGAUGGAGAAAGACUCAUAUAGAAGGUUUCUCCGCUCCAGACUGAUCCAGGAUCUGUCCCCUUUGCCCACAGGCAUCCAAUCCUUUGCUGUGCAGAAAAGGGGAGGGAAGAUAGGCUGUUCUGAAAACAGAUGUGGUGCAUAGAUGAAGACAGAGAGAAACAUUGUAAUACUUGAGGGAAAAAUCAGUUGAUCUGGAAAAGAGAACAGCUUGCUAUGAUUGGGUAGGUUUUUAUUUUUUCAGUCUUUUAUUACAGAUUACAGUUGUAACGUGAAUCACAAUAUUACAUUUUUUAGAAAAAGUUGUGCUCGAGGAGAAGGAGAGAAGAAAAUGAUCAUAGUUGGGAUUUUUCUGAAAAAAUGUCUUCUUUCAAUUUUCAUUAUUAUGUGAAUGUUUACUUUUUUCAUGUCUGGAACUCAUCAAGGGCAAAAAGCUAUGUUGUGCUCAUAUUUUAAUACUGGUUCUAAAAGCCUCUGAAUACAUUGUAAUACAUGAAUGGAAAUUGCUGUGUUUUAUCUGACUGAGGUUUAUGUUUCAGUGUUUUUCUGUCAUUGCUUUACCUGUGGCCAGUUUCUGCACUUCAGAGGUGUAGCUCAUUUGUCCUCUGUUAACCUGUCUUAACCAGUCUUAACCAGCCAGGGAACGAUUUCACUCACCACUCCGGGAAAAAAGAACUAAUCUCAAUAUGUCCCUAACACACACACCCACACAAACACAAACAUACACGCCUUGAGCAAUUCAGUGACUGUUUAACUUUUCUUGCUUCACCUGGUCCUUCCCAGGUGUGUUUAUAAAGUGAACCUACAAACAUUCAUGGGUCAAAAGAAAGGUAGCAACUUACCCAAAUGUACAUUAUGGUACUGGGCUGAAUUAUAAGGUGUAAUGACAACACAAUACUGUCAGUGUUGAGCAUCUUCAAUAUUUUGUAUUACAUAAGAACCAGCUUUAUUAUCAAUGUAUUGGUCAUAUAAUUGGAAUGAUGUUGGUGUACUAUAUGUCACUAUUGUCACUAAAUGUUGACAAGUUGCUUAAAUAUCCAUGAUUGUACGCUUUGUGUUCAUUCUGUGGAAGCUAAUCUAUAGUGUUAUCUAUGGUGUUGCAUUUUGAUAGUAUCACCAUUUAGCUUUUUGUGCAAUUCUUUACUCUAAAUAGUUAACUUAUUGAUGUUAAAUGUGUCUUAUUGGGCAAAUGUCAUUGAUACUGAAACUGCUUGUAAUACUAUUGAUAUCACUGUAUGGCCCUGUGUGUUGAAAACAUUACUACCCCUCUCCUACAGUGAUGCUACAAAGCUGCAUAUUUGUUGUAGUAAUCAUGUCUAUAUUUAUUUUUUGUUGUACACUUGAAACCUUUAUUUAUAAUAAAGCAAAGUGUCACAAGUUGAUUCAACCUUU